UACAAACAUAAUUAUGAGACAUUUGUCCCCCUGAGUCGUCAUCAUCAUUAUCUGAAGUACGAGAACAAAAUAGUCGUCCGUUGGUACUUGGUUCUUACAUUUCCUAACGUUGUUGUCGAAGAAACGGAGGAUUCACUCAUUGAUGGCGGAGAAUAGGAGGAGCAGCGUUGUCUCUGUUUGCUCUGCAGUUGUGUGGCUAUGGUGGGUGGUAUCUGCGAUGGCGAUCGAAGGGAGAGUAGUGCCUCUAUUGCAGAGCUGCGAGAAAUCCGGGUUUCGAUCGACGUUUAGUGCGAUUUAUGAUACUUCUAAGUAUGGUAUUCUCCAACUCAGCAAUGGCUUGGCUGGGACGCCUCAGAUGGGAUGGAAUAGCUGGAAUUUCUUUGCCUGCAAUAUCAAUGAGACAGUCAUCAAGGAAACAGCUGAUGCACUUAUCUCAACGGGUUUGGCUGAGCUAGGUUAUGUGUAUGUCAAUAUAGAUGAUUGCUGGUCUACUGCUAAGCGGAAUUCAAAGGGUCAAUUGGUCCCAGAUCCAAAAUCUUUUCCAUCUGGAAUUAAAGCUCUUGCUGAUUAUGUACACGCGAAGGGCCUCAAGCUUGGAGUUUAUUCUGAUGCUGGGAUUUUUACAUGUCAAGUUCGACCAGGAUCGCUUUAUCAUGAAAAUAAUGAUGCAGAACAGUUUGCUUCUUGGGGUGUAGAUUAUUUGAAAUAUGACAACUGCUUCAAUCUGGGCAUCGAUCCAAAAGAAAGAUACCCACCAAUGCGUAAUGCUCUAAAUGCAACUGGACGCACAAUUUUCUAUUCACUUUGCGAAUGGGGUGUGGAUGACCCAGCCUUAUGGGCAGACAAGGUCGGAAACAGCUGGCGUACUACUGAUGACAUCAAUGAUACAUGGGCAAGCAUGACUACUAUUGCCGAUCUGAAUGACAAAUGGGCAGCCUAUGCGGGUCCUGGUGGAUGGAAUGAUCCAGAUAUGUUGGAAGUUGGCAAUGGAGGCAUGACAUACCAAGAGUACCGCGCUCAUUUUAGCAUCUGGGCUUUGAUGAAGGCCCCUCUUUUGGUCGGUUGUGAUGUAAGAAACAUGACUGCGGAAACUUUUGAGCUUCUAACCAAUAAGGAGGUCAUUGCCAUAAACCAAGACCCACUCGGGGUUCAGGGAAGGAAAGUUUAUGUUUCAGGAACAGAUGAUUGCCUUCAGGUUUGGGCGGGUCCUUUAUCUGGACAUCGCUUGGUUGUUGCUCUUUGGAAUCGCUGUUCGAAAGCGGCAACUAUCACAGCUGCAUGGGACAAAAUUGGGCUUGAAUCCGGCACGAGUGUCUUUAUUAGAGAUUUGUGGCAGCACAAAGAGAUUUUGGGAGAUGCAGUGUCAUCAUUCAGUGCCCGAGUGGAUGCCCAUGGCUGUCAGAUGUAUACUUUCACCCCCAAACGGUGCCACGUUCCGUCAUUUAAGUCAUCUUAAAAUCAGUGGGGCUCAAGCUCAUAAGAUGUUCAGCCAUAGAAGGUCUCAGCAUUUAUGCAGCUUGUUGGGAAAGUUAAAAACAAAAUGUCAAUGCAUUGCACUUUGUAUCUCCAAGUUGUGUUACCUUGUCCAUAAGCUUUCUAUUUGCAACAUAAAAGGUUACUCAAGUUGUUUGUCUCGGACUAAUGUAAGUUAAAUCCUGAUUAUCCUGUGAAGUCUGAAGAGCAAAACUUUCGAGAAUGAUAUUGUAAUGCUUUCAAUACAAAGUAUCGCUAAUGCUGUUGAUGUAAAUAUAUUUAAGGCUCCAUUUAACAUUGCAGCAUAAACAGUGUAUAUAUGGCUGAAGGACGAAUAUCUUGCCUGUAUUUUGAAAGGAGCCUACUUAGCAUA